UUUUUCAGAGCAGCGCUGGUUUGGAAGCACUGAGAGUCAAACUGUUCAAGGGGAUACAUGGAUUAAGAUAUUCUGCAGUGACCUGGAGCCAGAGGCUUACCUGGACUGAAGCAGCCAUAAGGACAUUGAAGUGGCUGACAGGUGUGAGGUCUGGACAGUUGUGAGGAGUGGACAGGUGUGAUAAUUGGACAGGUGUGAUAAGUGGACAGGUUUGAGGAGUGGACAGGUGUGAUACGUGGACAGGUGUGAUAAGUGGACAGGUUUGAGGAGUGGACAGGUGUGAUAAGUGGACAGUUGUGAGGUCAAGACAGGUGUGAUUAGUGGACAGGUGUGGUUAGUGGACAGGUGUGAUUAGUGGACAGGUGUGGUUAGUGGACAGGUGUGAUUAGUGGACAGGUGUGGUUAGUGGACAGGUGAGCUGUCUGGACAGGUAAGAGGCUGAAGAACAGCAUGCGUCCCCCUGCCUCUGCCUCUGAUCCAGGCAGGUUGCGUCUGCGACCGUGGCUGGAACAGCAGAUCCAGUCUGGGAGAUACCCAGGGGUGUCCUGGCUGGACCAGUCAACAGGGGUGUUCCAGAUUCCAUGGAAGCAUGCAGCUCGUCACGGCUGGAGCAUCGACAGGGACGCCUCUCUGUUCAGGAGCUGGGCUAUGUACACAGGCAAGUAUAUCCCGGGCAGGGACAAGCCAGACCCUAAGACCUGGAAGGCAAACUUCCGCUGUGCCCUGAACUCCCUGCCGGACGUGAGCGAGCUCCGUGAGCAGAGCCUGAAGAAGGGCAGUCUGGCCUCCAGGGUCUACGUGCUGCUGCCCCCCAGGGCCACGGGGCGGCGGAGGAGAGGUCUCUCUUCUGGUCUCUCUCUGGGUGUCCAGGGAUGGGAGGCAGCCGUGAAACUCAGGCCAGACCCCCAAAGCAACUCCUGUGUUCCCCUGGACAGGUUCCCAGAUGUGUUCUGCAGCUCCAGAGGGGUGCAGGAGGACGGCAGCUCGGGGCUCCUCCAGGCCAGGGCCAGGGAGAGUCUUCCCCCCUACUGCACCAUCAAGCAGGAAGAAGCGACCACAGCUGAGCAGAUCUCCUCCUCCUACUGCUCCUCCUCCUCAACCACAGGAGAGCAGAUCUCCUCUUCCUACUGCUCCUCCUCCUCAACCACAGGAGAGCAGAUCUCCUCUUCCUUUCAUCUCCUCCCAAAGGCCUCUUCCUGCGCCCCUCACACACAACGUAUCUGGGACAGCCCCACAGCCGACCAGGAACAGACAGAAGCUGUGUUUAAGAUUGUGGACCAGUUGAGCAGCUCAGACUGGGGCCAGUUAGGAGAGCCCAGAUGCUGGAGACCUUCCGGGUCCUUCUGGGAAGACUGUUUCUCUGAUGACCUGGACCCCCUGACAUCCGACCCCUGCGCCCUGCAGACGGACAGCUACUACUGGCCCUCCGCAUCGCUCAGAGCCCCUGUGGAGGCAUGCACACCGGGCCUGUCUCAGUAGUCCAGCCCUGCCUCCUCCCCUGGUCCUGCUCCUCUGCUGGAAGAGGACAUCGUCCAGUGCCCGCUAUGGGAGGGGAGGACAGCAGGUGACAGUAUUGUGACGCGCCCGUAGUCUCCUCAGACUGGCAGAAGGGAGAUGCUACGUGUGUUCCAAUUCUAGAACAGGGUUUUAGAACAGUAACCACAACAAUGUAUUUAUCUGAAGCUUUUAUCCAAAGCAAUUUGAACUUGGACCUCUUGAUCUGCAAGCACAUGCUUCACUGUUAAGCUCUACAUGUCCUCGUAUACCCAGCCCAACAGGGUUUUGCUAAGCAGAUAUUAGAUUCAACUUUGUCAUUAAACAGCACAAAGUACAGUACAACAAAAUGCAGUUUGCAAGGGCAGUAUUGCAAUGUGCAGAGUGCUUAAGGACAAUAUCUGCAAUUGAAAUGGCAUGGAUAAGGAGAUGUGCAAUCAUGUAACCUGGCAAAUAUAGGUUCUUCACUCAACUUGAAAUGUGUUUCUACUUCUGUCACAUCUACAGACACAUAAGCAGGCCUGUAAGUGUGUCAUUUACCUAGACAUGUUUUCUUUGUGUGUACUUCAGCUAUAAAUAUUUGUAUUUUGAAUUAAACAUGAUACUUUAAUAUUCUGCCUUUUCAGCAUAUUUGUCUGGAAACUUGUGAUGCAGAACACUGAACCAAGAAGUGAGACAUCUAAUGUUAAAGAUCCUGUAAUGUGGAAUUGAAAAUGAGUUUUAAGUUCAUCACACCACAGAACAAUGUGUUGUUAACUACCCAUUCAAAUUCGAAUGAAAAAGAAACACCAUAGGCUUUGAAAUUGUGAGAAAAUCAGCAGUC